UCAAUAGAAAAUAUUACAGUCUGGGGACAGUGACCAAGACAAUGUGCUGGAUUUCAGAGAGUUCACUAACUACCUCCAUAAUCAUGAGAAGAAACUUCGACUAGCUUUCAAAAGCUUGGAUAAAAAUAAUGAUGGCAAGAUUGAUGCUGUUGAGAUUGUCGAAUCACUCAAGUCUCUGGGAAUUCAGAUCAACCUUCAGAAUGCACAGAAGAUUCUUCACUCAAUGGACGAAGAUGGUACAAUGACCAUUGACUGGAAUGAAUGGCGUGACCAUUUCCUGUUCAAUCCAGCAGCCAAUAUUGAAGAAAUCAUCCAUUUCUGGAAGCAUUCAACGGUUCUGGACAUUGGAGAUAGUCUGACCAUUCCCGAUGAAUUCACUGAGGAGGAAAGAAAAUCAGGAAUGUGGUGGAGACAGCUGCUGUCUGGGGCAGUGGCUGGGGCAGUCUCUCGUACUGGUACUGCUCCCCUUGAUCGUCUGAAAGUCCUAAUGCAGGUACAUGCUUCCAAAUCAAAUCAGAUGAGUGUGUACGGUGGAUUUAAGCAGAUGUUGAAGGAGGGUGGAGUAAUGUCCCUGUGGAGAGGCAACGGUAUGAAUGUAAUAAAGAUCGCCCCGGAAACAGCAAUCAAGUUCAUGGCCUAUGAGCAGUUUAAGAAACUGUUGGCACGUGAUUCGCAGAACAUUGGGACCCAUGAGAGGUUUCUCGCUGGAUCUCUUGCUGGGGUAACAGCUCAGACCAGCAUUUAUCCAAUGGAGGUUCUGAAGACCAGAAUGGCUUUGCGGAAGACUGGGCAAUACUCAGGAGUUGCAGACUGCGUGAGGAAGAUUUGGAAGAAUGAAGGAUUGAUUGCAUUUUACAAAGGCUAUAUUCCAAAUAUUCUGGGCAUUAUCCCAUAUGCAGGCAUUGACCUGGCCAUUUAUGAGACAUUGAAGAAGAUGUGGCUGAGUAGAUACGCCCAGGAUUCUGCGGACCCUGGGGUCUUGGUGCUAUUAGCUUGCGGAACCACUUCCAGUACCUGUGGUCAACUGGCCAGCUAUCCUCUGGCCCUGGUCAGGACACGGAUGCAGGCACAAGCUUCGUUGGAGGGAGCGAAACAGCUCAGCAUGAUGGAGCUCUUCCGGAAUAUUCUGGCUAAAGAGGGACCCUUUGGGCUCUACAGAGGACUGGCCCCUAACUUCAUGAAGGUGAUUCCUGCUGUCAGUAUCAGCUAUGUGGUCUACGAACGUAUGAGGACGGCUUUAGGGUUACAGUCCACCUAAAGCCAGGAGCAUCCAGUCAAGGAACAGAUCAUCAAAACCCACUCCCUCCUUGUGUCUGACAAUCUAGCCUAAGUCCCCAACCUUCAGGCACUCCAGAGCCUUAUGCACUGUAAUUCCAAG